AUGGAGUCCAUGAAGCGGUCGCCGACGUUCCUGGUGGGUACUGUGCAGCAGAAAGACAUCCUCGGAGAGUUUCAAAAAAGAGAACAGCACUACACCGAGGAGUACUCCAAGAACAAACCCUUGUGUUUCAGUGCUCGGGCUUUCCAGCAGCCGCAUCCAGCAAAAGUCCGAAUGGGCUACAAGGAUGCUGAUGCCACACUGACUUCUCCUAUGUUAUUGGGUGUUUGUGAUGGAGUAUCGCAGCUUGAGGAGUUUCAGAUGGACCCUUCGCUGCUCCCAAACGAGCUGUUGCGAACGUGCGAGGAGCUUGCGAUGCUGCAGCUUAUGCCCGACACGAAUAUCGCGCCACAAGACCAGUACAGAGGUCCCAUUUCUCUUCUCAAGGAAGCGUAUCAGGAAACAACCAGCUACGGGUCGACCACAGUGCUGCUGGCAGCGCUCGACAAUAGCACAAGGAUCCAUGGGAAGUUGCAUCCCAUGAUCGCGGUCCUGUCGAUUGGCGAUUGUGAGCUGCUCAUGCUGAGACGGACAAAUGGUCGACAGUCUGAAUUAGAGGCAGUUUUCCACACAGAGAUGCAGCGCAUCGACUACAAUGUGCAAACGCCGCUUCAGCUAGCACGCGUCGAUGAGAGAAUUGACGAGGACCCCUUUCGCAUCCCUUUCCCCAGCAUUCUCGGUGAGGCAGACAACAUGCUGAAGGGCUUCGCUUUUAAGAUCCUGGCGCCAAAGGAUAUUACUGGCGUGCUGAACAUGAUUGGAGUGCAUCCAGCAGUCGCUGCGGACAACAUCGACAGGCCCUCCGCAGACAAUGCCAUGGCUUUCUUCAACGCUCUUGCAGAGUUUGCCUACGACAUGGAUUCCCAACAAGUGAAGGCGCAGAUGCCCGCGGUGACGGCUCCCGAAAUCUAUGAUGAGGCGAUGGAUUUUCUGACCAUUUUCAAGCUUUCGAGGCAGCUGGCCAUGAUCAAUUUGGUCGACGACUUCAACUUUAAGGACUUUUGGGAGCCAAUCCCAAAGCGGUUUCGAGCAUUGCUGAGCGGCAUGAUCAACUUCUGCCGCUACAAAGAGGCGAAGGUGGUAGUCAUAACUGGCAUGAAAGAGGACGUCCAAGCGCUGGACUCCAACAGACUGGAGAUGGUGGACAAGUUGAACCAGGUUGAUGCAGAGCUAGGUGCCGCCCAAGAACGUCACAACGCCGAACUGCAAGACAUGUGGAAUGCCGAGAAUGAGGCAGCAGAGGCCAAGGCCACAAACGACAAGCUCACAAGACAGCGCAGCUCUGCAGACCGUGUUGUGGAGGAUGCGGAGAAAAAGAGGGCAUCGGUCAAGGAGCGAGUGCGACAAGGGGAACAGCGCAUUGAGCAGCUGCGGGAACAGGUUAACGCUUUGCAGAGCCAGAUUGCCGAAAGCCCGGAGGGCCUGGAGAAGGAGAUCGAAGAGCUGAAAAGCGGCGUGUGCCAGCUCAAGGCAGUUCUCGAGGACAAAGCCAAUCAGCGCAGGGCACAUUCCCAGCGAGAUCAAGUCUUUUGCAGGCUGCUUCGGCACCUGGAAUGUUACAAGGACGAGCUCAACCGCGUUGGAAAUGUUGCAUCCAAUGCCGACACCGCCAAGCAGCGAGCAGCCACUGCACGAGAAGAGCUGGGACUCCUUCGGCAGUCUCUUGAGGCAGUCAAGCAGGAUGGAGCUGAACUCGAGCAGUCCUUGAAGAGCAUCGUGGUAGAUAACGAAAGAGCCAAGCAGGUGCAUGCUGAACGCAUGGAGCAGCUGGAGGUUCGCAGACAGGCAGCGCUGCAGCAGCACCAAGAGCUUCAAGCGAAGCGAACAGAGGAGCAACGGCAGCUCCAUCAAUUGCAGUCGCAACGUCUGGAACUGGAAGCUGAGGUGGCGGCUGUUCGACGUGCACAUGCCGCCGAGAUGGGAGAGCUGCGAGUGAUGUGGAAGGCUGUUCUGGACAAAGCAGAGUCCUACAAUCUUUCUCUGGAGGCUCUUUUUCAUGAGCACAGUCAUGGAGAUGAUCUGAUCUGA